AUGGUGUCGAAAUCAGCAUAUAGACUUAUUAUAAAUAGUAUUAUCAUGGCAGAGUUCACAACACAGCAAAAUCUCUCUUCUAAAGCAACUGCCUUCUCGAUUGAGUCAUUGAUGGCUUCGGAUGAAAGCGGUACAGUUAUAAAUUAGGAGAUGAAGUCCAUUCACUUACUUACUUCUUUUACUGGCAAGCUUUUAGAGCAUAAGGCCAAAUUGUACACUACAGCAAGAAAGAUGCGUUAAAAGGUCUGUUAGAGUCCAACACCAUAUCGGGACGACUCUAAAUGAGAUACUCGAUUUAAUGCAUGUGAAUUGUCUCUUCGAAUGAGCUGGUUGUCUUCAAAAUGGCGGUUGUAUUUGCACUGGGUCAGUCACGUUUUUCACAUUGGCGGUUCCGUUCAAACAUUCUUCAGUUAGGCUUUGGCGAAAAAACACAUUCACGAAGUGUUUUUGUAAUGUAACUAAUACAUACUUCUCGUACUAAUUGGACUGUUUUGAUGAAAUUAACUUUUAAAACCUACAAUGUUAUUUUUAGCAGCAAGCAAGCUAAAGAGGAAGGCGCCUUACACUAGUGAGAAUGCCACUGUGGUUUCUGAAAAUGGAAAGCGACAUAAACUUUGUGCAGCAAGCAGUACAGAUGACAAGUGUAUGGAGUCGUCAGUUUCUUCAUCAGAAGUCGCUGAGGACUUAUCAAGUGUAACAGCAACUCUAGAGAGUCGAGAUCUUUGGGAUCGCUUCAAUGAACUGGGCACUGAGAUGAUCAUAACAAAGUCUGGCAGGUGAGGGUUAUGUCAACACCUACUGUAGAAAUGUUUAAAGUCUAAAGGUUUUUGUCUGAAAUCCAGUCACAUCCUUUAUUGACUAAUGCAAGAGGCUUCAAGCAAACGACUUUCAAGGAGGACAUCACUAGGACAGCUGGCUGCUACGAACGUCUAAAGCAGGGUGGAAAUGUUUACAUUCUCUUGAGGCCCAAUCGACAAACCUUCGCGAUGGACAGGCAUCGCAAAGAUCGUUUUCAUUCUUCCAAAUAUGUGGAAAAAGUAAACAGUCCAAGCCUAACUUCACAAUCGGCCAUAUGAAACAUAAUGUAUUGUUAAUGGGUCCGUUGUUUUAAGUGUCGUCCACCGCAGCUACUUAGACACUUUACACCAUGUUAUAUUUAUUGGCUUAUUGACAGCUAUAAGGGAAAGUUCUGAAAGCCGACUCACGAAAAAUAUAGCCAGUAGUAGUAGGAACUUCCUGGCCUUAAAAUGCUAUUGUAAGAUUGUGGAAGUAGUUCUUACAACUUCGUCUGCAUAUAUUUUUUGGGAGGGGAAGCUAACAAACAACUCUAUUGUUGCAAACAACUCUAUUGUUUACUCCAUAUUUCGAAAUAGGAGACUCUUAUUCGAAAAACAAAUGGAAAAUGUAAGGGUGGGCUUGUACACAUUUAGACAUUCGCCGUUCUGCAUUCAUAUAAUUAUUAUAUGUUUGCUUUUUCAUGACUGUCUUAUUCUUUACCUUCGACCUCGACUUAAGAUAUUUAAGGCUUAAGUAUGUAUAUUCUGGACAGUAAAUUUUUCAGUCUCCUUCGAUUUCCACCCCAUUUUCCAAGAUCGCCAUUGCUGAUGAGUGCUUGACAUGUAUAUGGAGUUUUAAGGCAUAACCAAACCAAGGGAGAAUAUUUUAUAGUUUUUGAUUAGUACAAUAAUAUUUUUUUUUUGAUCCAGUUGCCGAGCGUUUUAUGUUCAGGUUACUUGUCUUUUGGGGACUGACAUACUUCUCGCCGUCAUUGUUUUCGACAAACGACAAAGGAUUAGAACUCCCACUACUAUCCUUAAAACGAAAGAAUACAAUACUAAGGCUGAAAGUUCAAACAAUUACAACAACAAGAAUCUAACGGUGGGGAGACGACUGAAUAAUGUUGAUAAAAUGAACAUGGCCAUGUUAUAUUUAGUGGAUGGAUAACAUCUUUCUAAAUUGCGGCCAUGCACUGCCUUUUAGAAGAACUGGUUAAGAAGCAUGCUACCUUGAAUUAAUUUCACUGCAUUUCGUUAGGUUAUUAUAAAUAGUCUCCACUUUGCAAAUAUAAUGAAUCGAAAAGGAUUUAUUAGUCAUAACUACCCGCUGGAAAUCAUCGGUAAAAAAAAUCGUCAAAUGGAACAACUUUUUGUUGGUACAAGAAGUAUUAUUAAACAACAUACCAGCUUGUUUCGAAGCUAUAUCCUUACAGAGCCUUGACCUUUUCUGAGGGAAAGCUAGCACUCUUCAAAAUCCACCUUUUUUUCAAACAAUUCAAUUAAAAGACUUAAGACCAGUUGCAAUUCUCUCUUAUUGCAAGACAUCUCUUAGGGAAAACACUUGCACCAUUAUCAAGUUCUUAUUCUGAACAUUAGUUUUCCCCUAAAAUGCACAUGAAAAAAAGUGUCUAUUUUGCUGUUGUUUAUGAAUGCACACCCCAAUUUGCUGCUCCAUUAGAACAGAAAUACAUUGAGCAAAAGUUGGUGUUAAAAGGCAUAGAGAAACAAGUGGAACUGUUUUCUAGGAUUUUUGCUGUCUCUGUUUGCAGCGUUUUUAACCCACUGCAUGACCAGAAGAGUGUGAGAACAUAUUCUAAAAAUUCUCUUCAGUAAUUCGUUUUUUUUCGCACAUUUGAUACGAUAAACAUGUAAAUUGGUUAACCUUAUGGACAUCUGAAACAAGUUCAACUCGAGAAAAAGAAAUACCUAACAACAGAAAGCAAUAUUGUCUGAGCUUGCAACCUUGCUCAACUCUGUUCUUCAACAGCCGGAAUCUCAAUUGUAAAUUUUUACUCAAGCAGAAGGUAUGGAUGAUAAUACCUUAAUCAAAAUUAGGAUAAUUAAUUAAUUUGUUUAUUUUAACUGUCUUUCUCUCAAAGGAGGAUGUUCCCGACCCUAAAGGUGUCAUUGCAUGGCGUCGAUCCUAAAGCCAAUUACAUGAUCCUAAUGGAUACUGUGCCUGUUGAUGAUAAACGCUACAGAUACGCCUAUCAUCGUUCGACUUGGCUUGUAGCGGGCAAGGCCGAUCCUCCAGCCCCUGUGAGACUUUAUAUGCAUCCAGAAUCACCUUUUUCCGGGGAACAGUUAUUAAAGCAAAUUAUUUCGUUUGAGAAAGUCAAACUGACUAACAACGUGCUGGAUCAGAGUGGGCAUGUAAGUGGACUUGAAAGUGGUGCAUCUAUUAAAGGAGCUGUGUCACGAGAUUUAUCAAAAUUCAGACACAGUAGGAACUGCCAGGAAAUUGAGUGAAACAGGAAAAUAGCCGCUCAAAAUAAUACAAAAAGGUAUAAAUAACAAGGCGAAUACAAAAGAAGGUGCAUGGAUGGACAAAACUGAGCAAAAUCAAAAUAGAUUGCAAUUGUGGAGUUUGUAAACUUGUUAGCCUAACAGUUCUUUAAAUGUGAUUUUUGUUGUUUUUAAUAUUUGAUAUUUAUUGGACAAGAAGCUGUGUUUUUGUAAUUUACCAUUAACUUCUUUGCUACCGAUGAGUUCCGUAGCUCACAAGGACACGUAAUUGGCAUUGUUGACAAAUUAACUGACUUAGACAGCCUCGACACAGCCCCUUUUAAAGAUGCAAGAGCUUUAAAAUUAAAAAUACCUUUGAGUUUAUUAUAUUUUCGAGCAAUUCGUGCUUUCUUUGUACGAAAACGCACGGUCGGUUCCCCCCAGAUUAAGAUGCGGGUUCUUCUAUCUUUCCCUCGUUUCCCACGCAGAUAACAGUCGGCGCAUUGAAAGCGGAUGAGAUCCGUUGCGGAUACUUUGAUACCUUCUAGUCUGGCUAGGAUAUCUUUUGACUCAGAAGCCAAUCAUUACUGUUCCUUUGCCGAGCUGACUCUCGACCCCUGUCUUUUGGGCAAACGACGAAGUUGCAUUACCCUUCAAGGAAACUGAUCUUUUUGUUUUUAAUUUGUUUGGAACUGGCCUCAAAUUAACCGUUUUCCAGAAGUGUCCACACACAUCUUCAUUAUUCGUUUACUUUGUUGAAGUUGUUUGUUCUUUAAGACAUCGAUUUCAAACACAAUUUCUCAUUCUCAAUUUGAAAAAAAAUUGCUUCUAAUGUUCUCUUUCUUGUAAACUUUAAAAGUCAACCGUAAUGAAACAAUUCCACUUUAGCCCUUAAAUGAAGAAUCAGAACUGUUACAACUGGCAUGCCAUAUCCGACUAUAAGCGGUAUUUCUCUUUCGCCCUUCAACUGCGUCCAGAAUUUAUCACAUGUAUUGCGUUGUUUUCUGUAAACUAAUUUAAUAUGUUUUGGACAUUUUUUUCAUUAGAUUGUCCUAAACUCGAUGCACAAGUAUCAACCCAGAGUACACAUCGUGAGAAAACGAGAUCACACGGCAGCAGUGAUAGACCUAAAUUCGAAUGGAGCCAAAACGUUUGAGUUUCCUGAGACAAGUUUCAUUGCUGUGACAGCGUACCAGAAUCAACUGGUAAGAACUGAAACAUCAAAAUGAUCACGAAUCUCCAGCUGCGACGUUAUUGUGAAUAAACAAGUAAGGUUUACUGGAGCUCAGAUUAAACAGAGAAUCAUACCUUGGUGGGGGUAUAUUUUAAAACUAGCAAGAUAAUCAAAAAUGGACUAUUAAUUAGCAGUCUUUGGUGAUUUUAAAACUUAAAUCGAGAACCAUCGCAAUUGCGACUACAAAAUUAUGUGACAAAAAGAAUGUGAUGAUUUGUUCUCUUAUUAGCAAUUUUGUAGCAUAGGCAAAAACGUGACUUACUUCAGAGACAUAUUCCACUGAAAAUGUAUCGUUCGAAAUUUUAUUUAUUUCUUUCCUCACAACUCGGGCAUCUGAACUUGUUACCUGCAAAUCAAUAAAGAUUCAACUAACAUUUUUUUUUCUUUUCGUGAUGAAUUGCAUGCAGUGGGAAAUAAUGACGGUCAACGUGCACCGCGCGCCAAGAGUAACUGUUUCUGACCCACUUAGAACCUCAAAUAUCCACAUCCGCCAUUUUUCUAUUCGCAGGUAAAAGCCAAAUAAUUAUAAACAGUAAUAAAUCGAAUAACGCUACUUUUCGUCUAAAAGUCGACUUUUUUGCACAAAACUCAGAUCGCCAGAUAAUUCGCCAAUUUUUUUGGUAGUCUGCAGAUCAGAUGCUACAUGAAGAAGAAAGGAAGUCGGACUAAUUGAUACGCAUAGGAUGCGUUAAGUCACGAAAACUGAAGGAAAGAUUCAAAUAAAGUAAAAAGAAGAUUUUAAGGCAGUUUUAGUAGAAUACUUCCACAAUUAUGCAAUUAGGAUGAAAAUGAAUCUUCUAUGGUACCAGACGGAACAAAUGACUUCAAUAUUUGGAUUAAUAAUUCUUCAACUGGAACUCUUCAUAACUUUUAAAGUUAAUCCUUAGCUGUUUUGUCCUGUAAUUAACCUAUACCGUUCUUAAACUGCAUAAAAUGGAUUUAUCGUUUAGUUUUGCAUGAAAACAUACCUUCUUAAAAUGCAGAAACUACAUUAUUUCACAAGGAAAUCUUCGGUUGUUUGAAGUGUUCUUAUUGCUGGAGAAUUUCAGUUCUACAAAAACAACUUCGCAUUCAGGAAGAAUUAUAUACUUAUUUGCAAAGUCUCAACAUUGUGCCAAUACAAACAGAUCGUUAAAAAGUCAUUCAAUAAAGGUCAGUUUCGUGUCAUUUAGUGCUUAGACACACUUGCGGUAUUAAGUUAAAGCUAGUUAACGCAUAAGUCAAUCUUUUGUCACAAAGAUCAAGAUGGUAUGCUGAGGCCAACAUCUGUUUGUUUUGUCAUUACAGAUAACUCGCCUGAAAAUCGACAGCAAUCCCUUUGCGAAGGGAUUCAGGGAAUCCAUCAGAAUCUUACCAAUGCAAAGGUACGCACGACCCAAGUCGUUUGAAGACGCUCUCCUCCUUUGAGAUGAAAUAGAGAGAAGCAAAUCUUCGCUAGUUGUACAUAUCCCCCCCCCCUUCCCGGUUGACUGUUCUAAACCUCUUAUUUCAUUGUUCCCCUUUAAUCUGAACUUCCAUUGUUUUCAUGGAUAGGCGCAUUGUUAUGUCACGAUCCCUUAAUUGUUUUUCCAGCCAAUCACAAACAAUGUUUCAAAUAGAUGCAGAUCUCCCGUACAUAUCAAACCAAUUUUUGAUUUUUUGAGCACUGUUUUUCGUGGGACCAAAGGUACAUUCCACCGCUGAAUGGCUCGCUGAAGAAACAGAACGAUUUUCCCUUCGCUUGUUGCUCAUCUACUCAUUCAUUAUGUAGUAUUUUACAUAGUUAUAUAUUAUCACUCUGUAUCUUUUCGAUUCUGAAAUAAGACGAACGAAAAAAAUUUAUUUCAUCAUUCUCGUUCUUCAGUGACUUUUUUUAGAUAUUUUAAAGCAUACCGGCCUUCAGUGAUAUUUAUCAACUAAACUAAAAGGUUCAACUCAUACCUCUCCUAAUUUAUACAGGUUCUAAAAUACUCCCUUUGUUUCAAGCUGCAAUUUACUAACCUUGUUUUGAGUGUAAAAAUUAGAGCAUUCGCCAUUUGGAAAUCUCCCAUAAUACACCUACUUUGCCCCCUAAACUUUUGCAGAAGCAUUGUCUUCAGUUUCCUGGGAAGGAGGGCUGAAAUACCCAGGAAAAAUACAUAUAAAAAAAAGGUUAGGACAAAUGUUAGGUUAAACAGGAUGUAUUAUGGGAUAUGUGCAAAUGGCGAAUAUCAACAUAAGUGUGAGAUUCGUUCAGCAGCAUUCUUUUUUAUUUAUUUCAGGUAAGUAGACGCAUGACUAUCAUCACCGUAUUUGAACAAAUGUUUAAAUAGUCAAACCAUGGCACCCUAGUUUUGAUAACCGACCGACUGCAAGGCAUCCUAAAACUUGUGACGAUGGAUUGAUAAAACAAUCCGUGCAGUCAAGUAUCUACUACACUGAGCCAACCCCAAAAUUUUUGGCAUGCGCAAAACUUAGAGUACGUGUUCUAAAGAACUAAUAACACCUAGGGAAAGAGGUACUGUUUCUAAAGGCUCACAGUGGCACCAAGGUAAAACAACGCGUCUAAGAUUAAAAUGAGUGCAGCCUCCAAGGUUUCAUCUUAAGCUGCUAAGAAUGCAAAUUUUCAAUUGCACGAUUGCUCCCCACAUGCUGAAACCAUUUUUCAUCAUUAGCUAGAAACAUUGUUGAUCAGUUUACCCUUUUUCUUUAUUUAUUUAUAUUUAUUUUUAUUAUUUUCUUUUUUUUUUCCUAGAGAGUGUGCACAUAGGGUUGCGUACUACCAAGGUCAUGUCCCUGUCUCCGUCUCAACACCUCAUCUUCCAAGCCAUUUUUUAUCAUCUGCAUCUUUGCAAGGUCAAGUGGAACACAAAGGCAUAUAUUGUGCAGGGUGCGUGACGAGUCUCAGUAAAGGUGGGCCUAAAUUUGUUUGUUUUUUUGUUGUUUAACUGGUCUAAAAAGCGUUCUCAACGGUUGAAAAAAAAUCCAUUUCAUUUGUUUAAACGCUACCCUAACAUUUAUAUUGUCAAAUUGUUAAGUUGUUGCUCUUUUCUCGAUGAUCAUACUUUAAAGUCAGCACCAAAAUUUGUGUAAUUUGAAAACAACACUUUGUCGUUUUACGCUAACUUUUGUGACCCUCAAAAGAUUACGAUGAACCACCCACCUACCACUCGGUAACCUGACAUUUAACCUGGUUUAAACCGCGUGGGGUUUUUAAAUUGUUUUAUUUAGGCAUUAAGUGGAAAACACGGAGAAGGGUGUUUAAAACAAUAAGAUCAUUUCACUUCCUUUGUUUUAAAAGUAAUUAGCUUCUUUUCGUAGCAGGCAGUUCACGCUCCUGUAAAGUUAUGUUAACAAAUGGCGCCCAAAUUAUCACCAGUUUCAGUUUUCAAACACUUCGGAUUUUUUAGUAAGUUCUCAAAAGGUUUAGUGAACUAACAGUGUGUCGGUAAUACAUAAAACGUAUAAUAGUGAAGGUAACAACCUUAGCACCUUGCUUAACUUUACAAAUUUCUCUCCCUUCUAGAACGUACUUCCUUAAUUUUGAAUUGGCCUGUUCUUCAAGCGUUGCAUUUGUGUUUUCCUACUCCUUCACAUUAAAUUAAAACAAUCGAUUAAAAAUAACCUCUCACAAACAUUUCAUUUUGAAAGAAGCCAAUUGUUUGAAAGUCGUGUUUGGCCAAAAACUCAAUCAAUAAUAGAUCCCGCUGAAGGAUGAUUGAAAGGCAAAGAUCGAGAGACAACAAAAAUAUACCUGAUCCAAACUGCGUGUCACGGUAUUACAGAAACAGACCAACAAUCGAACCGAAUCAGAUCAUUGGGUGGUGCUUUUACUUAUCUACCAUUUUUACCCUCUAGAAAGAAUUUUUUAAGGAACUACUACUAAUGUACUACUACUACCACAACCGCCACCACCACCACCACCAACACCGCCAUCAGCACCAACACAAACAACAACACCAAUACCACCAACACUAACACCUUCAAUAACACCAGCACCAACACCAACACCACCACUAAUACCAAUACCACCACCACCACUAAUACAUCCAAGAACACCACCAACACCACCACCAUCAACACCACCACAACCAACACUACCAACACCAACACCAAUACCACCACCACCACCAACACAACAACCAACACCACCACCAACACAACCACCAACACUAACACUUUCAACAACGCCAACACCACCACCAACACCAAUACCAACAGCAACACCAAACACCACCACCACCACCAACACAACCAAGAACACCACCAAAACCAACACAAACACAACCCAGAACACCACCAACUCCACCACAACCAACACCACCAGCCCCAACAAAACCAACACCACCGCUAAUACCACCAUCUCCAACACAACCAACACCACCAUUACUACCUACACCACCAUUACCAUAACAACAACAACAAUAACACCAACACACAUGUAUAACUAUCACCAUAAUUUUCUUCCAUCUUCCUUUGAAAUUUUCUGUAGAACGGUAGCAUCCAUACACUCAUACAAUACCAGGCUUGCUUCUAAAUCAACCUAUUAUCUCAAUACUAUCAAAAGAAACCAUGGUAAAUUCAACUUUCGCUUUGCGGCUGUAAAAGCUUGGAAUAACCUUGAUGAAAGCAUUAAACACCUCCCACUUAAAUCCUUUAAAAACAAAGUCAUGUUAAACAUCUUAUAGUCUUACUGUUCGUGAGUCUUUUUUUUUUCUUUUUCAUUUUUUUUCCUUUUAUCUAUUUACUAAUUCCUUGUUUGUUCUAGCUUUAGUGCCAACCUACCUCCUAUGCCUGAACAUUAUUUAGCUUUACUCAGCUCGAUUAGCUUUUUAGUUAUUCUGAGUAAAUGUUACCUUUUUUUGUAUUAAUAUAUUAUAUUGUAAAUUAAGUUAACUUUUAUUUGGUAAUAAAGCUUAUGUUGUUGUUGUUGGCAACAACACCAUCACCACCACUGCCACCAACACCAACACUACCACCACAACCAACACCACCGCCAACACCAUUACCAACAACACCACCACCACCACCGCCACCCUUUCAACUAAUGUGCUAUUACCACAAUUGAGGCUACUUACACUGUAACCCUCACAGUAUUGAUUGAUCCCAAGAAAGCUAAUCCCCCCCCCCCGUCGUCCUUCGUAUCUUCAACAGUAAAUGGAAGAUGUAUAUAUAUUUGAAUCUGAGUCUUGUGAAUUAUCAUCGGCGUUUUCUCUCCUUGUAUAACUUGCAUGUACUUAUUUCUUAUUUCUGCUUUCUGGUAAUUGUUUGUAUCUAGGACACCUAACAGCUGUUCACCACAAAGCCUUCCUACAACCUGAGCUACACGCACCCGACGUUCACCUGCAGCUGACAGUGGGGUCUAUUAAGACAGAGUCACCACAAGGCCAUCUCUGUCCUUGCGUUUCUCCCUGCUGCAACAACAUCAAAUAGAGUGGCAUAACAAAGUUACUGCAAAUAGCUUUGCAUAAAACUUCGGGGUCGACGCCUUGUUUCAAUUAACAAACACAAUGUUUGACCUGCAAUGCCAAAUAAUAGAAGGG